AUGGUCAUCACCGAGCUCUCGGGCCACAUCUGGAAUCCACUCCUGCUGCUCGCUACAGUCCUCCUCGUAUAUCUCGGGACAUUGAGCUACCGCUCAUGGCACCGUCUCAGACACGUCCCUGGGCCACCAGGUGCUGCCUUCAGCAAGUGGUGGAUGCUACGUAACACACUGGGUGGGCAGAUGCAUCUCGCUCUCAAGCGAGCCUGCGAUGAAUAUGGCCCGGUCGUCCGCAUCGGUCCCAAUGACUUGGUAACCAAUGACUCGGAGCUCCUUCGUCGUAUGUGGGCUGUCCGCUCGCCAUAUUGCAAGGGCCCUUUCUACGACGCCGUCAGGUUCGACCCGACCAGAGAUAACCUCAUCUCCAUGAGGGAUGAUCACGAGCACAAUGAGAGGCGAGCCAAGAUGGCUAUCGGCUACUCGGGCAAGGAGAACGAAGGGCUGGAAGCCACUAUCGACAGACAGAUACAGGCCUUCAUUAGACUUAUAGAGGAGCGAUAUGUCUCGACGCCUGGCUCCUUUCGUCCCAUGGAUUUGUGCAGAAAGGUCCAGUACCUCACGCUGGAUAUCAUCACAUCGCUGGCGUUUGGUUACCACUUCGGCUACGUCGAGCAAGACGCCGACGUCCACCAAUACAUCCGGAUGACGGAGCGGAACAUGCCCGUCAUGAUGACUCUGUCUGUAUUUCCGCGACUGGCAAAGCUGCUGCAGUCUCCUCUAUUCCGCCGCGCCAUGCCGUCGGAACAUGACCGGGUGGGAUUCGGCAGGUUCAUUGCUGUUGCAAAGAAGGUGGUGGCCGAGAAAUUGAUGUCAGACAUGACGACGAAGCGGCGAGACAUGCUCGGGUCGUUCCUCGCACACGGCCUAACCCGAGAGGAGGCCGAGGGCGAGACACUGGUCCAGAUCAUAGCCGGAUCCGACACAACAGCAACGGCGAUCCGGAUGACGAUGCUGUAUCUGAUGACGUCUCCUUCAUGUUACUCGAAGCUCGCCGAGGAGGUGCAAGAGGCGGCCCAGGCGGGUAUCAUCUCGUCACCCAUCACCAGCCGAGAGGCUGGCGAUCUCCGCUACCUCCAAGCCGUCAUUAAAGAGGGCCUGCGGGUUUUCCCUCCCGUCACGGGUCUCAUGUCGGCAACGGUGCCUAAGGGCGGGGACUUUAUGCACGGCAUGAGCAUUCCCGAGGGCACUGAUAUUGGCUGGACGGCAUUUGGCGUGCUCCGCUCCACGAAAGUGUACGGCUCAGACGCGGAUGUCUUCCGGCCAGAGCGGUGGCUGGAGGCGGGUGAGGACCAGCUCAAGGCCAUGAUGGCGCAGUGGGAGUUGGUAUUCAAGUACGGCAAGUGGCAGUGCCUGGGAAAGACGGUUGCUCUCAUGGAGUUGAACAAAGUUUUUGUCGAACUCCUUCGUCGGUUCGACUUUUCCCUCGUGGACCCUGCUAUGCCCUGGAAUUCGUUUUCGGCGGGAAUCUUCAUCCAGUCCGACCUCCUGGUGAGAGUGAGCAAGGCCCGUUCACCAUAA